AUCACAGCUACAAAAACAAAAAAGAAGAUAAAGAAAUAUAAGUGUGCUAGUUCAAAUGAAGAUGGGUUUUGGUUUGUGCGCCAUUAAUGUUGUUGUUAUGUUGUGGUGGGCUUCGAUUGCAUACGCAGCAGAUCCCGGCCAACUUCAAGAUUUCUGCGUUGCUCUUCCUGAUAGCAAGUCUGAUGUUUUUGUGAACGGGAAGUUUUGCAAGGACCCGAACUUGGUGGUUGCAAAGGAUUUCCUUUUUCAGGGUCUAAACAUUCCCGGAAACACAUCGAAUCAACUUGGAUCGGCCGUGACUGCAGUGAACGUUAACCAGCUUCCAGGGCUCAACACUCUGGGCGUUUCAUUGGCUCGCAUCGACUACGCCCCCUACGGGUUAAACCCACCCCACACCCACCCGCGUGCCUCCGAAGCCUUACUUUUGUUGGAAGGUACUCUCUAUGUCGGCUUCGUCACUUCCAAUCCCGCCGAUCCUAAUCAGAGGAACAAGCUCUUCACCAAGUACUUGAAACCUGGGGACGUCUUCAUCUUCCCACAAGGUCUCAUCCACUUCCAGUUCAAUGUGGGCAAGACCAACGCCGUCGCAUUUGCUGGCUUCGGCAACCAGAAUCCGGGCGUCAUAACCAUUGCCAACGCUGUGUUUGGGUCGGACCCCAAGAUCAACCCUGAUGUGUUGGCUAAGGCUUUCCAAGUUGAGAAAAACAUCAUCGACAUCCUUCAAGCUCAGUUCUGGCCCAACCUUUAACUAAAUAUUCAUUCUAUGUAUUUGUAAUCACAACGGACAUCUUAUCUGUCGUUUUGUCUUUUUAAUACAAUAAAAAACUUUACUUCACUUGUAAAUUAAACUUUAUUUUGUAUAUUAGUAUAAAUUUUUCA